AUGAAUGAUCUCAAUGAGUUUUCCAAGAGGAUCUUACCUUUGGAACACAAUAUGCAACCUUCAUUAAAAGAAUUAAAAGAAUUAAAAAAUUCUUUAAUAGACACUCAACCAAUUGGUUGCUUGGUUAAUACAGCAAAAACUUUGGAUCAAGCAAAAGCGAUAUUGACAUUUAUAGAGGCAAUAUCUGAAAAAACAUUAAAAACCACAAUUACAUUAACAGCCUCUCGCGGUCGUGGUAAAUCUGCUGCACUUGGUGUCGCAAUUGCUUCUGCUAUUACUUCUGGAUAUUCAAAUAUAUUUGUGACUUCUCCAAGUCCUGAAAAUUUAAAAACCCUAUUUGAAUUUAUUUUCAAAGGAUUUGAUGCUUUAGAAUAUGAGGAACAUUUAGAUUACGAUAUUAUUCAAUCUACAAAUCCUGAUUUUAAUAAAGCAAUAGUCCGAGUUAAUGUAUUUAAACAACAUCGUCAAAUUAUACAAGCUGAAAUUGUUGUGAUAGACGAAGCAGCAGCUAUUCCUUUACCAUUCGUUAAAAAUCUAUUAGGACCAUAUUUGAUAUUUAUGGCAUCAACCAUUAAUGGUUAUGAGGGUACGGGAAGAUCUUUAUCUUUAAAACUUAUACAACAGUUGCGUGAACAAUCAAAAGAAUUCUUGUAUGAAAAACUUGAAAAUCCUGAAGAAAGUUUCCUGAAAGUAUUAAAUAAAUAUAAAAUAGGGAAUCAAUACUUUACAUCAAGGUGUUUUGAUGAAAUUCUAUUGGCUAGAUAUUAUAUGGACUCCCAAUCAAUAUUCACACCUAUUAAAAUGGAACAAGAUGAAUCAUUAAAAACCAUUUUUGAGACUUUUGAUAAACUGUGCAAACAAUCCUUCUUCUCAGAAAUUCCCUAUAAGACCUACCAUUUGAAAUAUCUGAUUAAAUUGGAUGAAUAUGUUUUGCUGAAUCAAUUUUUCCGGAAAUUUCUACCAAAAUUAUUUAAAAUUAAGAAAAACAGCAAGACUUUAAUAUUCAACACUGAGUUACAAGUUAAUUGGUAUGUAGAAUUGUCCAAAGUAAAAAGUCAUAUGGAAUGUUAUAAUGAUAAUAAUAAUUUAUUUAAAACCCAAUUUAAUCAAUUUGGUGAAAAAUUAAGUAAAAUGAAAAUUCUUAAUGAACUUCCUCCUUUUUCUAAUUGUUCGAGCAUUAACAAACGUCCAAUUAAUAGAGAAUCUAAUUUUAAACAAGCAACUAAAAAGAAAAUCAAAAUUACUUGA